AUGGCGCCUCAACCAGCCGUCGCGGCUCCACCCCAGGCACAUCUACCCAACUCCCAAGCCGCGAGAGCCCCUUCACCACAGUUGGACCGUCAAGAAAGUUUCUAUCGUCAACCAGACACCCGCAUAACCAGCCCAGACCCAAAUCGUGCAGUCUCUCCUGCAUUCUCCGAAGCCCAGACUCUAGUACGAGCGAAUAGCUCCGCUACAAGAGCACAAAGCGCGUCGCCGCUAGAAGAGAUACCGAUGCGAUCAAUGUUCCCAGUCUACGACCCCACCGUCCCUCUUGCGCGGCAACCGUACCAGCCCACGCAACCAUCUCCAUCCCAGAUCCCGCGGACACAAAUCAGCCGGUCCCCAUACUCGUCUGAGACUUAUAUCCCACACGGCAAUGUUCGCACAAGUAACUUGGCACCUCUUCCACCACCUAAGCCUUUCCUCACUCCAUCCAAUCUCCUGGACAAUAUGUGGUUAGCAACGAAUGGUCAAGAGGAGCCCAGCGUACAGAUUUACACCUUGAGAAUGCAUCGAGCAACAGCGGCAAAUCCUACCAUCACGUUUGGGACAACCCCAUCUCUCCCCUUUUAUUCCAUUGCACAGUCCAACCUGGCUGGCAACCACGAGAUACCUAGUAUUAUGACUGAGCUCCUGAUUCAGAGACAUCACCCUACACAGCCGCGAGUUCUACCUAUCGCUCAGCUUGACCUGAUCGCACCCCCCUCACUUGACAGUGGACUGUUCAACCCCGCCCAACAAGAUGAGUCAGUUUUCAUCACGAGCAUAUACCCCAAGCUUGCUGCUCUUCAAGCACUUGAUGCUGCAGCCAACUCCCCCUCCGCUUCUCACCUUGCUUUGGCUGACCCUGGUGCCCAAUCUCCCGCCGCUCAACAACUGGCAGAGAGUGUCCUAGCGAACAGUGCCCAGCGUGAAUGCUGUGCUCUUGCGUGGACAAAGGACAACCCGCAACAACAGGCGAAUCCUUGGGCCCAGCAUAUGCCGUCAGAGGGUUCUUAUCAACUACACCACCCCAUGCUUGGUAAUUUCCCCAUAUCCAUCGAAGGCGAUUGCUCCGUCAUCAACACACCUUCUACGAGGCCUAUAACGGCCUUUUACGGACACAACAUGCCAACGACCCCACAAAACACAAAAAAGCCAGCCUAUAUCACAGUCCUGAACCCAUAUGUUCUAUCCCCAACAACGCCACGCACCAACGCAUUCUCACCGUUACCGCCUCCACCGCGGCUCGAUGGCAUAAAUCGUCCAACUUCCAUGACACCGUCCGAGAUGUCCGUGGGGCAGCUUCCUACAACCACCGAUGCCACAGCAGACGACGCUAUGCUGGCACGUCUGGACUUCACCAACGAUGCUCUCAUUCUAAACUUUGGGGCACUGACACGUUUCGGAAACCCGUUUCUUGUCGACGUUGUGACUUCGGCGCUGCUCGCAGUCGCAGUCGCAGAAUCGACGCGCGGUCGCAAAUCUCGAAAUAGAAGCCAGGAUAAUUUCGAGCCACCACCGCCCAGCUUCACGCUCACUCACCAAAAGGAAGACACAGCGAAAGCGUUCAAAGAUUCCUUCGUCGAGGGCUUCCAGGGCAUCGGCGGAGGCAAAACGAAAUCUCCGCUUUCCAGCAAAGGACUCAAAAAGUUUACUUCUAGCUUGAAGAGUACAACAACAUCGCGAAGCGAGAGCGCAAAUGGAAGUUUCGACAAGGACAUUGAGCUUGGGGAGUGGUAUGGACAGGACAAGCACACAAAAGCCAAAGAAACAAAAGCCGAAAAGAAAGCAAAGAAAUCUAAAAAUUCAAAGCAUUCUGAAAGUAAGCUGCCAUUUGCAGCAAGGGCUGUCAUCGCUGUCUUGACCUUUGCGUUCAAGACGGUGGUCUUCGUGCUCAAGAUUUCAAUCAAGGUUGUUGCGGGCGUGGUAGUUAUGAUUACGAGGAAUUUUGGCAAGUUGUAAAUGCGACGGGGCAUGAGAAUGGGCGGCCUUCAUUUCUGUUGCUGGUGUAUGGCGGGGUCUUGCCUUUUGGACAUAUUUCGCAUGAUACCAUUCUGUUCAUUCGCUAUUUAAUUUUUUUUUGUUUCGGAUACCACCAUUUUUC